AUGUCCGAAAAUAUAGUCGGUCGUGGUGAAAUGAAGUAUUUGUAUCCUUCUUCAACUCUUGACAAUUUUGCUGUUACAACCGGUAUAUCUAUCUAUCUAUCUAUCUAUCUAUCUAUCUGGUUAGUUAUCUAUCUAUCUAUAUCAAUUUGUUCAUAUCUAUCUAUCGAUCGGUCUAUCUCGCGUUCAUUCACAUUUAUCUAUCCAAGCAGGUUUUUACCCUAUCUAUCUAUCUAUCUAUCUAUCUAUCCCAGUUUGUUCAUUUCUUUUAUUAAUUAUUUUUCUUUGUUUCUUUGUGUGUUUCUUUCUUUUUCUUUCUUUCUUUCUUUUGUUUUUUUUUUGUUUUUUGUUUGUUUCUUUCUUUCUUUCUUUUUAUCCCAGUCUUUUCAUUUCUUUUCUUCUAUCUAUCUAUCUAUCUAUCUAUCUAUCUAUCUAUCUAUCUAUCCCAGUCUAUUCAUGUAUUUUAUUUAUUUUCUUUAUUUAUUUCCCAAUCUGUUCAUUUCUUUUAUUUUUUCCUUCUAUCUAUCUAUCUAUCUAUCUAUCUAUCUAUCUAUCUAUCUAUCCCAGUCUAUUCAUGUAUUUUAUUUAUUUUCUUUAUUUAUUUCCCAAUCUGUUCAUUUCUUUUAUUUUUUCCUUCUAUCUAUCUAUCUAUCUAUCUAUCUAUCUAUCUAUCUAUCUAUCUAUGUUAGUCUGCACAUAACUGUCUAUCUCACAUACCCGGUUAAAAUUUAUCUUUCAUUUUUAUCGAUUAAACUCGCUAUCUAUCUAUCUAUCUAUCUAUCUAUCUAUCUAUCUAUCUAUCUAUCUAUCUAUCUCAGUCUGUUCAUAUCUAUCUAUCUCAGUCUGUUCAUAUCUAUCAUAUCUGGCAUUUCGCAGAUGGCAUCCGUUCUUGACCGUUACGAGUGGACAACGUGUUCCUGCUAUGAAAACGUGAGAUCAUCCCUUACAAUCUGUGGCGAUUUCAAUCAUUUAAUCGACCGCCAGCCCACUGUUCUUCCUUCUCUUCUCACUGGGGUUUUUCUCUAUCUGUGA